AUGUCGGACAAUCGUCUCGAUCAAGAGUGGGUUCGCGAGGAGCUCAUUCCUUUCCUUGCGCGGGUCUGGGGCAAGCGUCAAGACUGUGCUAUUAGAUAUGACUGGACAGAAGAUGUUCAUCGCGCUGAAGAUCAAGUUAACAGCAUCCGCGACUAUGAUAACAGUGCAUACACUGUCGAGCGCCUCCGCCAAGCUCUCUAUAUCCCAGGAGUAAUUUACGCGCACCCAGGAAGUCAAGUGUAUGCUGUUGCUCAAGACAUCGGCUUGUCUAUCGCUAUAUUCGUCCGGUAUGCGCUGACCUAUGGCGGGUAUCAGUUAGCGACGCUGGAUCAUACUUGGAACCCAAGUGUGGUCCAAGGUGCAAUGGAGUUGAGGAAGUCUGUCUUAGGGGAUAGCGUUCCUGGUUCUGUCGGUUUCGGAAAGUCUAUGCAAUCUACAUAUUCGGAAAAAAAUCGACAGCUUGCGGUGCAUGCAAGAUCCGGCCCCGCUGCCGUGCAUUCAGCUCAAAAACGCGGUGGUGACUGGUGGUCGUUCGUAGGCACUGACCAGGGCGGGUUAGGGAGUUUCUAUCCUGCAUAUUCUUCAUCAGCACCACCCCCAGGUCCCGCUAUUGGGGAUUUCUCCGGCGUGUUGGCUAGGUUUUCGCCUAUGCUCUCAUUAAGUCAACCUCGUCAAGUAUCUUGGGACAUCCCGGAUGGAAGCAGGUACUACGGUUCGUACAACGGGUAUUCUAAGUCCUCCCAUGGCCCUGUCCAUCCUCGUGGGUGUGGUAAGGGCUCUCGUUGGAAGAAUAAGGCUUCAGAGACAGCGAUGGGAGCUCAGAGCCGCAUCUCCAGCUCCUGGUCUGCUCACCACCAUCAUUGGGCUUGGCCAUGUAUGACAUCUGGGCCAGCCUUGCCUACUAGUCAAGCUUACUAUUCUAUUACCGGUACAGUGGGUUCCUACGAAACACAGCAGGGUUCCAUGGUGCCCCCAUAUGCGGCAGGACGAAUUAACGCCAGCGUAUCACAACGUCAAGGUGGACAUCGUUCUGGCCAGGUCAACGGCAGUAGACCCUGUGCGUACUCAGGUAUGCCCGGUGCUCACUUCAAUAUCAACCGCGACAUUUCCAGCCCUUCCACCGCCAGCAGUUUUCAUACAGCUUCAAGUGUAGGGUCCGCUCUCCGCGCUGAGGCUUCAGAAUAUGUCCCCAAGACUGGUUUGCGAGGUACAGCAUCCGAGUUCCAUCCUAGCGCUAAAUCCCGCAACAAAUCGAUCGAAAAAUAG